AUGAUGGAUGACGAUGUUGCAAUACAUAUAGACUUUAACUUGAAGGUUUCGACCGAAUAUAUCACGGUGACGAAGAACAUCGUGCACAGGUUCUUCUACUGCACUAGAUACAUGCCAAAGUGCGAAGAGCCGUUCAAGGUCGGAAGAAUAUAUGGCCCUUCAAUAGAAUAUUAUAAGGAAAACUUAGAUCUGGAUGAAGUGGUCGCCAUCAGCAUCUUCACGGCAAGCGGAGAUGACAGGCCGUUUGUGAUGUGCAUAGAGAAGCAGGAGGGGAGGAGAACGUUCUACGCAAUGUACAGCAAAAACAGCAUCUCGUGGACGCCAAUUUCGGAGUUGAAUGAAAUCGACGAUGAGAUGCAGGAAAAACUGCUCUUGACUGCGCUGAAGGACGCCUACAGGCUGUACCACGAGUCUGUCCUGAGGGUGGACCACAAGAAGCUGGUGAAUCUAACGACGUAUUACGGGGACAUAAAGUACGACAUCAUACCUGAGAUUUACUACUGCCUGGGCUACGACAGGUACUGCUUCAGGCCGAGCAGACCGCACUCUCUGAAGACAGUCGCUUUAGACGAAGUGAACUUGAAAUUUGACCAGAGCCUAAGCUUCGUAAAUGAGAUCUACGUAUACUACGCGCGGACGGACGAGACGACGCCGCUGCUGAUAGAGACCAAGGACUAUGAAAUCGGAAACGCAUUCCCACUAUAUAACUAUUACACGGCCGCAUCCAUAAACGAUGACAGGUGGGUCGGAGUUGAGUGCGGAACGAACUUGGCGUCCCCGAAGUGUAAGUCCGACAUAAAACGAAUUCUAGACUCUGUGGCAGAUGUGUAUAGAUCAUAUGCAGUCACUAUUAACCUUGAACAGCAUCAGUACACCGGGUACGCCCUUUUUCCCAUUAAGCUUGGGGACCUCUAUUUCAAGUUUGAACACCAAAUAGGCUCUUUCUACGGUUACAACUCGUAUCUUCCUCAAGUGGCUGAUUGUGCGCUGAUUGACAAAAUCUCCAUAGACGACGAGGAUCAAGCUGUAGACAUCCAAAGCAGAGAGGUGGUAAUGUUUUACACCUUCUACCGGCUGUACAACAGGUCGAAGCUGUUGUUGAUGUGCUUCAAGUUGUUCAGGGCCAGCCACACCAAUCAGAGCAACGCAGUUUGGUUCAGGCGUGACUACGUUGACGAAACCAAGUGGGUUUCUUUCGAGUUUGACGCUGAUCCUGAAAAGGACCACAAGCUUAUAGACCAUAAAAUCGCCAGUUUGUAUGAAUCCAGGUUUCCAUCACUUGAUUUUUCGGAAGUGCCUCUAUAUUUAUUUCUCAUUUUAAUUGGGUUGUUCAUUGGUUUAUGGACCGGAACCAGUUUUUCCAAGAGUGUCAUUCGCAGGUUUUUGAGAUACUCCGGAUUGUUUAGAGAUCACGCUAAUUAA